AUGGAGAGAGCGCCACAAAAAAUAAGAGAGGGCUAUCUGGUGAAAAAGGGGGUGAUGUUUAACAAAUGGAAGCCCUUCUGGGUAAUAUUGCUGGAAGAUGGGAUUGAAUACUACAAGAGAAAGACUGAUAACAGUCCAAAGGGAAUGAUUCCAUUGAAAGGAUCUGUCAUUGUCAAUCACUGCCAGGAUUUCAACAAACGGCUGCUCGUCUUCAAGAUGACCACCUCUAAGCAGCAGGAUCACUUUUUCCAAGCCUCCCACCCUGAGGAACGUGAUGCUUGGGUGAAAGAUCUAAAAAAGGCAUCAACAUGUAUUCAAGAAGGACAGAGGUUUGCUCGAAAAUCCACAAGGCGCUCCAUCAGAUUACCAAACACAAUUAAUUUAAGUGAGUUAUACAUGUCAAUGAAAGAUCCAGAACGAGGAAUUCGAGAAAUUAAGCUGGAGAAAGACAAGAAAGUCUUCAAUCACUGCUUCACAGGCACUUGUGUAAUCGACUGGUUAGAAGCAAGCAAAUCAGUCAGGAACCGCCAAGAAGGAAAUGUCCUGGCUUCUGCCUUACUUAAUGAAGGUCACCUUCAACCAGCGGGAGAUGUGUCCAAAAAUGCUGCUGAAAGCUUGGCAGAAACAACUUUUCUGGAUACUACAGAAGCAUUAUAUUACUUUGCAGACAGUGGAUUUUUCUGUGAAGAAAAUUCUAGUGAUGAUGAUGCAAUUGUCAAAGAAGAAUUUCGAGGUCUAAUUGUCAAGCAAGGAUGUUUACUGAAACAGGGACACAGAAGAAAAAACUGGAAAGUAAGGAAGUUUGUGCUUAGAGAAGAUCCUGCAUACCUGCACUACUAUGAUCCAGCUUCGGUAAGAGAAAAUUUGGGUGCACAACAUUCUUUGUUUACUGUAGAAAAUAAUAUUUAAUUUUCUUCCCCAGCAAAAAAACAAGAAAUUGAUGGAAACCUUUUUGAGAUCAUCACAUCCUCUGAAAUUCAUUACUACCUGCAGGCUGCAUCAGCAGAAGAGCGCAAAGAGUGGAUUCAAGCUAUUCAAACUGUCUCUAAAAUUGGAAAAUAGAUUCCGACAUCAAUGCAGAGUCACGCGUCUGUUGUAUAUAAUCUAUCCAAGUCAUAAAACAGUAAUGUAUUUUAUUGUUAGAUUACCAUUGCCAUUGAGCCU